UCAACUGUAACCAUCAAUGCUUAUGUCCAUUCUUCUCCCUUUGCACAAAACCUUGCUCUUGUAGUAAUAUUAAUUUUACCCCAAAAAAAAAAACUUAUUGUCAUGCAAGUUUUAUGAUUUUUGUGAGCAUAUAUGUAUUAAUAUCCAAAAAAAAUCUCAUGAGUUUUCUGUUUUUUUAUUUGGUAAUUCUCUCAUGAGUUGAUUUGGAUUUGUUUAUAGUUGCCGACACGAGAGAAGAACGUGCAAUACAAGAGAAUUCAGUUUAUGUUUGUUGAGAAAAUCCGAGUUAGCGAACCAAUAAUAUCUUAUUCUUUUGGACCAAGAAGUUGAUAGUUUCUUGCUGUGGAAAUAAAGAAAAUGGUGGGAAGCAUUGAGGUCAAGAGCCUGCUAACAAACGGCUCUGUUCAACUUCAACAAAAUGGUCUUAACUUGGAAGAGAAACUUGAUGAGUUUCGUCGUCUUCUUGGAAAAUCAGACAAAGAUCCGUUAAAGAUUGUAAGCAUCGGAGCUGGUGCUUGGGGAAGUGUUUUUGCAGCACUUCUCCAAGAAACCUACGGAGGAUUCAGAGACAAGUUUCAGAUCAGGAUAUGGAGAAGAGCCGGUAGAGCUGUUAGUAGAGAAACCGCUGAACAUCUCUUCGAAGUGAUCAACUCUCGGGAAGAUAUCUUGAGGAGACUUAUAAGACGCUGCGCUUAUCUCAAAUACGUAGAGGCAAGGCUUGGUGAUAGGACGCUCUAUGCAGAUGAGAUAUUAAAAGACGGGUUUUGUCUUAACAUGGUAGACACGCCGCUUUGUCCUCUCAAGGUUGUGACUAAUCUACAAGAAGCUGUGUGGGAUGCUGAUAUUGUUGUUAAUGGAUUGCCUUCAACAGAGACACGUCAAGUGUUUGAAGAGAUUAGUAAGUACUGGAAAGAGAGGAUCACUGUUCCUGUUAUCAUCUCUCUAUCAAAGGGUAUUGAAACUGCUCUUGCACCAGUUCCACAUAUCAUUACUCCAACAAAGAUGAUCCAUCAAGCAACUGGUGUGCCAAUUGAAAAUGUACUGUAUCUUGGUGGACCAAACAUAGCUGCUGAGAUAUACAACAAGGAAUACGCUAAUGCAAGAAUCUGUGGAGCUGAGAAAUGGAGGAAACCACUAGCAAAGUUCUUAAGACAACCUCAUUUCAUUGUUUGGGACAAUAGUGAUCUUGUUACACAUGAAGUAAUGGGAGGUCUCAAGAACGUGUACGCCAUUGGAGCUGGAAUGGUGGCAGCGCUUACUAACGAGAGUGCUACAAGCAAAUCAGUGUACUUUGCUCAUUGUACAUCUGAGAUGAUAUUCAUAACUCAUUUACUAGCAGAAGAGCCUGAGAAACUUGCAGGGCCUUUGUUAGCUGAUACUUAUGUGACCUUGUUGAAAGGGCGUAACGCUUGGUAUGGUCAGAUGCUGGCUAAAGGGGAAAUAAAUAGAGACAUGGGUGAUAGUAUAAGCGGCAAGGGAAUGAUUCAGGUACUCUCAGUCCUUGUAAGAAGUUUGAAAAUUUUUGGUGUCUUUAUCAAAGCUUAUGUGAAUGUUGAGUUUUGUUUUUGGAUAGGGUGUUUCUGCAGUGGGAGCGUUUUAUCAACUCCUUAGUCAGUCAAGCCUGAGCAUAUUGCAUGCUGAAGAGAAGAAACCUGUAGCUCCGGUUGAAUCAUGUCCUAUUUU